AUGAGGUUACGCGGCAUGGAUUCGUCGAUUGACGAAUCGGAUCUUGGCUCGCUGUCCCGCCGACGAACCAGUCUAGAAGUAGAAAGGGAAGGCAAUAGAAAGAGGUCUCCCUUCCUCCCUCUGUUUGUCUCUUCUCGCUGUUUUUCUCGUCCAUCUUGCCUUGCGCCGCUUACAGAUUCAGUUGCAGGUAUCUAA